CGAUCUCCAACAAUCAACGCACACCACCUCAACUGCUUCAACUCCCACAACCACAAUCACACCCACCCACCUUGCACCAACUGCAGCUGCUGUGGCUCCUCUUUCCCCUCCCCAACCCCAGCACUGCCAUCAUCUACCGACCUCCACAUUAACCCCUUGAAGCGUCGCUCUCCUGAACCGAGUACUGGCGUUAUAACUACCACCGCAGUCACGGACUCGUCAGUACCCAUUGCCAAGAAGCUCUUUCAGGACAAACGACAAACAUAUUCUGGGCAAGAAAACUCCACUCUCCCUGGCUUCACCAAGAUUUCUCUCCCAUUGGUUCUGGUUCAAUUUCAGGAAUGUUCUUUCCCUGUUCUUCGUCGAUGUGCCUCUGAUCCCUACAAUCCACCUCAAUCUCCGCCGAAGAAUUCCAUGAUUGUGGGUGUCAAUUAUUCGACACCGUCGUCUUAUUCUGCUUCACUGCCGCCGUUGCCGCUCUCCCUCCAGAGAUCCGUUUCUGAUUCGAUGCCUUCCACUGCCAAGACCUUUUCAAGGUCGUCGAACUCAAACGAGAUGGGUCUGGAACAUAGUCCCAAUUCUAAGAGGAUGAAGGAAGGAUUGAAGGAAAUGAAAAUGUGGUGGGAAGAGCUGUUGAAUGCAGCUGAGGAAGCAGCAGACGCUGACGAGAACAGUCACAUUCUUGCUUCACAGGUUUGAUUUUUUUUCUUGCAAUAUUACCCCCUUUUAGGCUUUAGCCCUUGUUGGUUGCCAGAAUUCAAGAUUUGAAAAAUUAUUAUCUUUUCAACAUUUUCAGCAUAUGUAACUAUUAAUUUUGAAUACUGCGAGGGGUGUGUGUUGCAGGCUGAUU